CGCGCAGUCUAUAUAUUCUACGUCUAUGGAUAGGACACGAUCGACAUUUUGACUUGGAUGUGCGUAGUUACGCUGUGAAUAUUUUUGGACAAUUGUCGGUGUUUUACACCACUUUUGUUAUUAUUAUCUGUUAAUUUAAACAAAUAUACAACUCCGUGGCUUGGCGUCAGGAACCCAAUUCACGGUUUUAAACCUAUCAUCAAAAAGACGUAGAAUGGCGUAUGGANUAGCUUUAUAGGUUCACUGAGCCAAAAGAUCACCAAACCAUCGACAUUUUGAGGUCCGCUAAGCCAUUUUUGCACCAACCAACCAUCGACAUUUUAAUACAUUUUAUGCAAAUUGGGAUUCUCUGUAUUUUGCUCAAUUUUCCUUAUAAAACGUACGAGUACGCUUAUGACGUAUAGACUGACUUUUGCCGUGUCAAGAAAAUCGAAAUAUAGACUAAAGUGUACUAAAUAUACAGUAGAAAAGUCCAGACCUGGCUAACGCACUGAUAUACUUGACACAGUAGCUGUAUACGUUAUCUAAUAUAAAGAACAUGGCAUAUCCUGGAAUUGUGCUCUUUUUCGGUGUUGGAAUUGGUAUAGCACUCUUAUAUUAUGUAUUCUCCGAUAAAGAUCCCGAAAGAUCGCAUGCAUAUUCAGCAAACACAAGAUCACCAUCAAGCUAUGAUAAUUGGACGACAGGUCAAGACAGAAGAGCAAGAGAUAGAAGAGAUUCAUCAAGUUCUUUAAGAAAUAGAGAAGGAAGAGAUACAUGUAAAGGUCAAGACAGAAGUAGAGCAAGAGAUAGAAGAGAUUCAUCAAGUUCUUUAAGAAAUAGAGAAGGAAGAGAUACAUGUAAAGAUGACACAGAUUGUUCGAUAUGUCUAGAACCAUUAAGUAAAAGCAAAGCUGAAGUAAAACAAUUACUUCCUUGUAAACAUUACUUCCACUUGAGCUGUAUCAACGCACUAAGAAACCAUAAUGCUCAGGCUGUCUGUCCUAACUGCAGAAAUAAUAUCAACCAAGUACAGUAAAUUUAUAUCAUAUAUAAGUUUUUCUUAUCUGUUUUAUGCAGUCUUCCUAAAUCAAGUGCACUUGUAUAAUUUUUUUACAUUGUCUUCUUCACAUGAAUUGGUUUUUGUUUAGAUUUGUAAAUAUAUAUAUAUAUAUUUGUUUUUGAUAGCAAGUAUUCAGAUCUUGCAGUCACACACAAUCUGUUGCUUAUACAAAUGUAUAUGCCUAUUGUUGCUUCUUUUCUCUUAUAAGUAAGAGUUAUAAAUAAGAUAAUAUAACUUUACAGGAAUUUAACAUAAUAAAAAG